AAUUUUGAUGCCACCGACUCCACCAUAACAAGGUUUAACUUUUAAGUGAUGCAACUUAACGCUUGACAAUGCGCUGUUUUGAUCGAGACAGACAGGCAGCUCGGCUAACGCUAAGCUAGCAAUGUCGAACAAUGUAAGCGCAUUCCUCCCUGGUUUACUGCUGGUUAACUGAAUUCAGGAUGAAUGACAUGAACCUGAGUCCAGUGGGCAUGGACCAGCUCAGUGUGUCUUCAGUCAGUGCAAGCCACUUGGGCUUGGCCACCUCACCCCCACAUAAUACCAUUCCCACACCAGGAAUGCCGGUGGCCAUCCCCAACUUAGGUCCUUCCUUAGGCUCCCUUCCUUCUGCACUGUCCCUGAUGUUGCCAAUGGGACCGCUCGGGGAUAGAGGAGUGAUGUGUGGCCUUCCGGAGAGGAAUUAUUCCCUGCCUCCGCCUCCGUACCCCCACUUGGAGAGCAGCUACUUCCGACAUAUAUUACCAGGUAUUUUGUCCUAUUUGGCGGACCGUCCACCUCCACAGUACAUCCACCCCAGCAGCCUCAACAUGGAUGGAACCCUAUCUGUGUCGAGCAACAACCCCUCAGGUCUUGACCCUUACAGUACAGCAGGCGGCCCACUAGAGCAAGGCCUGGUUUCCAUGGACUCAAGGCAGGCCAGCGGGCACGGAGACCUCCACCAGCCUGGGGCUCAUGAGCUGGACUCUACAGGGUUAGCCAUCGAGUCACGUGUCAGCAGCCCAAUGUCGCCAGACAGGAUGGGAGAGGAGCUGGCCACCAUGGACGGGGUCGGGGUGUCGGACACCCAGCAGCAGCUUGGAGGAGGCAGGCAGCCACAUGAGGGCCUCCCUGGGGUGGACUCUUCUGGAGGGGUGAUGCCUCUGCAUGGACCUGCUGUGUUGGAGCUCCCUGUGGUGAUGGAGUCUGACCACAUGGGGGGCCGUCUGGGGAAUGCAGGCGGAGGAGGAGCAGUGGGACUCGGGGAGCAGCUUCACUCAAACGGUGAGCUCAGCUCUGGUGUCGUUAGUGUGGUGCUCACGAGUUCCAUAGGCAACCAGGGUCAGCUUGGCCCCGUAUCCCUUCAUGGUCACUCUGGGAUGGGACUAGAUGUUGUAAACGUCUCCCCCAUCACCGCUGAGGUAUCACUGGGUCCAGAAAACAACAUAGUGCUAGUCAACUCCAGCUUACAACUUGAGGAUUCAACUUCAAACAAAGAGGGAAUGGUCGCUGCUUACAUUUGGUGCACACUGUGUGAGCGCUCAUACACCUCAGACUGCCCAGAGCACGGCCCGGUCACCUUCAUCCCAGACACGCCCAUUCAAAGCCGGGCUCGCCUCUCUAUUCCACGCCCACUGUGCCUGCGCAUCUCCGUGGCUGACGAGCCGCUUGGUGUGUUUGCAAGAGACGUCAUUCCCGCAAGGACAUGCUUCGGGCCUAUGGUUGGUCAGCACUGUAGCAACGUGGAGCUCCCUGAUUGGCCGGAAAAAGACACACUUCAGAUAUGGAAGAUGUACCACAACAAUGUGCUGGAGUUCUACAUCGUGACAGCAGAUGAGAAUGAAUGCAACUGGAUGAUGUUUGUCCACAAAGCAAGGAACCGUGAAGAGCAGAACCUUGUCGCAUACUCUGCCAAUGGUAAACUCUUCUUCUGCACAACCGUGGAGAUCCACCCAGACCAGGAGCUGCGCCUCUACUACAGCCGAGACUACUGCAGACUGAUGGGUGUUCCUCCUUUGCCUGAGACCCAGCUCUGCCAGUGCGGCAAAGACUGCUCCUCCUUUUCUGACCUCAAACCUCACAUGAGCGGCCAUAGCCAGCCUCCACACAGCCACAACCCAACACAGCAGGAGCAACCGCCUCAACAACAACAGCAGCAGCAGCAGCAUGAGAAGCUAACCAACGGGACCUCAAGCUCUUCUUCCUCCUCUCCGUGGCCCGGCCACACGGCAGCACAGACUAACGGCAACAACUGCAACAGGAGUGACAAUAAUCCGAAUAGCACUACUAUUACUACUACUACAACUACUACUACUACGACCACCCCCAGAACAAACUCAAAGAGUCAGGUGCGGGAGAAGAAGUUCAAGUGCAGCAUGUGUUCCCGGGCUUUCAUUACGUCCACCAAACUCAACGUGCACUUCAUGGGCCACGUGGGCAUGAAGCCUCAUAAGUGUGAAUACUGCAGCAAGGCUUUUAGCGAUCCCAGCAACCUCAGGAUGCACCUCAAAAUUCACACAGGUCAGAAGAACUACAGAUGCACGGUGUGCGAGAAGUCGUUCACGCAGAAAUCCCACGUGGCGUCACACAUGCUCAUACACACCGGCGCUGAGAAGCUCAAGUGCGACCUGUGCGAGCGGACCUUCAUCAGAAAACAGGACCUGAACCAGCACAUGUUGUCUCACACGCACGAGCGUCGCAUCCAGUGCCCCAAGUGCAACAAGCAUUUCAUGAAGACCAACCACCUGAAGAAGCACAUGAACUCCCACGAGGGUCGCAGAGACUUUGUCUGCGAGAAGUGCCACAAGGCCUUCCUCACCAAAUACCACCUCACUCGACACCUGAAGAUAUGCAAAGGGCCCAAGACGGAACGCUCGUCCCGCAAGGAGCAACGCGAGGAGGAGGAGGAGGAAGAGGAGGAGGAGGAAGAGGAAGAAACGGACGACGGCGGCGACGGUCGAGGAAGCGCCGAAAGACUCAUGGACUCUGGCAGGAGUGAAGACUGUCGUUUAGAUGUUGGAGGAUACAACUCUGAAAAGUCCCUGUCACCUCCUCAUUAAUGUUAAAUUAUUCACACACAAUACCUUAGACCAGGCCUGGGCAAUUAUUUUGACUCGGAGGCCACAUUUAAAGAAAUAAAUGUGUCUGGGGGCCGGUAUAUCUAUUUUUAGGGACACUAAUACAAAACCUCACAAUAAUGUCUGAUUGAAUGCUAAAAACGUUAUGACAGACCGCCUUAAAAAACGUAAUGGAAUUUUACAUGUUUCUAUGAACGAUAAAACACUGAAUAUUGACAAAAUAUGAUUGUCACACCCCCUUUCGAUUGACAUAUUUUACAAUAAAGUGAAACGCAACAAAAAUGCAACAAACAGUUAAAUAUGAAUGCGAAGGGUACAAAAUAAACCCCACCUACAAUCUGAUAUAUUACUAAGCUUUAGAACUUUGUGGUGAAAAUCUCCUUUCGCGUCUGUGGAAACGCUUCCCGCCCACACUGCUUGGUGCCUCGUCCGAGCUGCUGUGACGUAGAUUACCAUAGUAACUAAUUAGAUGACCAUAGUAACUAGUUAGAUUACCAUAGUAACUUGUAUAUCAUCCAAAAGCGCAGAUUCCAACCGUUGAAAUACUUUGUAUAGUUCAAGACUUACGGUCAUUUGAAAACAUGACUGCACAUCAUAACGGCAGCUACAGUUUCCAUCUUUAAAGAUCUAAAAAAAAAUAUUUGGGAAUGUCCGGCGGGCCAGAUUGAAAAGCUUAACGGGGCCGCAUGUAGCCCCCGGGCCUUAAUUUGCCCAGGUCUGCUUUAAACUGAUAUUUACCUCCGCUUGUUGCAUACAUUUGCCUUAUUAACCAGCAUGUUGGAUUUUACAUUUAUAUUUUAUCUUAAGCAUAUCAGAGCUGCUAAAAUAUUUUUGUAUUACAAGAAAAUGUACAUCUUAAGUUUGAUUGUAUUUCAUUUCCUUUUUACUCAUUUAACUGGUCCAUAGAGAGCGAUGUAUAAUUAUUAUUUGUACCAUACUUUGACUCACUCUAUUUCACUUUUUAAAUUAAAUUGUAGCUGCUUAUUGAAUUUAGUUAUCAUGUACUGUUAUUUAUCAUAAGGAGAUGUUGGGGCAUUAUGCGAUCCUUAAUUCUAAAGACCCCGAACGGGACAAGCGGUAGAAAAUGGAUGGAAUUUAAUAGUGCCAGUGUGUUUGUUGCAUACCGGAUUAUUAAAUGCUCAUUUUAAUUGCAUGCGAUUGUCUACGUUUUCUGCAUUAGCA